AUGGAUUUUGUAUCCGAGAAGAACAGUUCUGUGCAUCCUCCUACCUCAGACCACAAGGGCGAAACUAUCCAGGAUGAAGCCAUUCAUGUUCCCGGCUAUGAUCCCACCCUCAGGAUAGAAUCAAACGAGACCAGAAGAGCAUUACUCAAAGUUGACUUCCUUAUCCUCCCCAUCAUAGUUCUUUGUUUUUGUUUCCUCCAGUUCGACCGCACAAAUAUCGGCAAUGCUCUGACCGACACGCUACGGACUGACAUCAAUAUCGACAAUGCAGAUAUCAACCUAGCUCAGACUCUCUUCACCGUGGGCUUCAUCGUGACAGAAUUGCCCUUCAACAUGAUUAGCAAGUACAUGGGCCCAGAGAGGUUCCUCCCCAUCACUAUGUUCUGUUGGGGUAUUGCUACUUGGUCUCAAAUCUUUUUGAAGAAUGCUUCUGGGCUGUAUGUAGCUCGCUUCUUUGUGGGCGCGCUCGAAGGUGGUUACAUCCCAGGCUUCGCUCUCUAUAUAUCGCGAUUUUACACGAAUCAAGAGCUGGCGUUGAGGUAUGCCAUCUUCUGGGCCUCCAACAGCUUUGCGGGAGCUCUUGGUGGUCCACUUUCCAUCGGUCUUCUUUCACUUCGCGGAAGAGGUGGCCUUCAUGGAUGGCAAUGGCUGUUUUUGAUUGAGGGUGUUUUGACUUGUGUCCUUGGCAUCUUUGCAUACCUUUACUUCCCGCACAACGCGGCCAAGCCAAAGUCGUUCUUUGGUAAAUCGUUCAACAUCUUUACCGACCGCGAAGCAUCUAUCCUUGUUACCCGUGUUAUCCGAAACGACCCUACGAAAGCCCUCCGAUACGGUCAGCCUGUCCUGUUCUCUCACAUCGUCGACACAUUCACAGAUUGGAGGCUAUAUGGACACCUCGUAGCCGGGUUUCUCUCUAUGGUAAUGAUCUCACCGAUGAACACAUACGCACCGUCGAUCAUCAAGUCGCUGGGCUUCACUUCACUUCAAGCCAACGGUCUCAAUUCUGUUGGUAGCGUCUGUGCUCUGGUGUGGUCGGUGACGCUGGCUUUCAGCAGUGAUCACUUUCGCGAGCGCGGAUACCACAUUGCACUCGGUUACCUCUGGGGAGCAGCCGGCCUUUUAUGGCUCGCACUGGCGCCUGAUACCGUGAGUAAGUGGACACUUUAUGGAGGAGUUGUUUGGACACAGAUGGGAAUGGGAUGUGUACAAGCUAUCAGCGCAGCGUGGCUCACUGUCAAGAUGGAGGACUACAAGAGACCUGUGGCCCUGGCUGCUUAUGUGAUGAGCAUCCAACUCGCCAACUUUCCCGGAAACCAACUGUUCAGAACUCAAGAUGCACCUCGUUACACCCGCGGACUUAGUAUUGCGGCUGGCUGUGCGAUUGCCGCCGCAGUUGUCAUACUCGUGUAUAAGUUGCUGUAUCGCUUAUUCGAUAAUGGCGAUGCUGGUGUGGAAGCAGAGUUUCAGGUUACUCCUGGUGAAGACAGGAUCGAUGGACUAUAG